UUCUGCCCCGAGGCACACCAUUGGCAACUCCUUCGGAAAUUCACUCAACACCUCUGCCAUCACCCAUUCUUCCCAUCACCCUCCAGCAACUUCGAGAACUCUAGGGACAUCCAACGUGCCUGUGUCUAUGACAUGUAUGUUUUUUGCCGGGAGCAUGGUCUGACAGAGGCUUGGGCCUAUCUUUGGAAUUCUUGGUACAGCAAAUGGGAUCUCUGGGCACGAUCCUCCUGUGAAUCUCGUCUCUCUCAUGUCUGCACAACCAUGAUCACUGAAAAUCACUGGAAGCGUCUAAAACAUGGCUAUCUUCGAUUCAAAACACGCUCACCGCUCGAUCAGACUGUUUACAUCAUUGUCUAUUCCACCAUUAACUCCUAUAUUCAU